AAUACUUUCCUUAUUUAGUAUCGCAUUUACCUUAAGAACUUUAGUUUCUCAUUGACUUUUGCGCUGUUCUCAUUGACGUGGUGUUGCUGCGCGUUGUGAAAAUAUUACAGAGGAGAAAGUGUCAACUAUCUCUUUGUGGACUUUUAAAAGGAGUGUGUGAAUUUUAAAGAUUUUAAGUGAAGGCCGAAGAGGCCAAAUAUAAAAGGGAUAUUUGUUUAUUAACUUUAUUCAAUGCGUUUGUUGUUUGUGUUCAGAAUUAAGAAUAAAUAUUGAAUGCAAUAAAAUGCAGCAGAAAGUUGUUCCGGCAAAUAAUGGAAGCAGUCAAAUAAAGACCGUCAGUCAAGAGGAUAAUGAUCCCGGGGCGCGUAAUCCGAUGCUUUACGACCCACUGCAGGACGGUGUGGUCAAGACCUCCAAGAAGAUGCAGUACUUCGCGGCGCUGGUUGUUUGCCUGGGUGCUGUAUCCGCUGGCACAGCAUUAGCAUGGACUUCACCGGUGUUGCCACAAAUAAGCGCCCCUCCACCGAAUACUGGCACGGAAUUAAAUUCGACUAUUACAAAUUCGACCAUCUCCAAUUCGACUAUUUCCAAUACGACGACACCUGCAACGCCAGCAGCGGAUUCUUCGGGAUUACAGUUAACGCUCGAACAACAAACAUGGGUCAGUUCCUUGGUUGCUAUUGGUGCCUUCGUCGGCGCUCUACCCACUGGUUACAUAGCUGAUGCAAUUGGCCGGCGCUACACCGCGCUUGUCAUGGAUGUACCCUUCAUUGUGGCAUGGCUGGCUAUCAUCUUUGCCAAAUCGGCUGGAAUGUUGUACUUUGGACGUUUCGUAAUAGGUGUUUCAACCGGCAGCUUCUGUGUAGUCGCACCGAUGUACAUAUCCGAAAUCGCGGAGACGAGCAUACGUGGCACCCUGGGCACACUCUUCCAACUGCUACUGACCUUUGGCAUACUUUUGGUUUAUCUCAUUGGCGCAGUUGUCUCGUGGACCACGCUGAGUGUACUGUGUCUAAUGGUGCCGAUUGCGCUCUUUAUUGGCAUGCUGAUACUGCCAGAGACGCCCACCUAUUUGUUGAAAAAAGGUCGUCGCGGUGAUGCUGCGCUGUCAUUGAAAUGGCUUUGGGGUCGCUACUGUGACUCACGCUCUGCCAUACAAAUGAUACAAGCAGACUUGGAUCAGGCCGGCUCGGAUGCCUCCUUCAUGGAUCUCUUCCGUAAUCGUGCCGCCUUCCAUGGUCUCAUCAUCUCCAUGUUGCUCAUGUUCUUCCAGCAAUUUUCGGGCAUCAAUGCCGUCAUCUUCUAUACGGUGCCCAUCUUUCAAUCGGCUGGCAGCACCUUGGACCCAUCCGUUUGCUCAAUUAUUGUCGGCUUCGUGCAAGUCGUUAUGACGCUAGCAUCUUCCCUACUGAUCGAGCGUGCUGGCCGUAAGGUGCUUUUACUCUUUAGCAGCACCAUGAUGACUAUUUGCCUAGCCGUUUUGGGUAUCUACUUCCAAAUGAAGGAUAGUGGCAAAGAUGUUUCGUCUAUUGGCUGGCUUCCACUACUUUGCGUGGUCCUCUUCAUGAUCGUCUUCUCAGUGGGUUAUGGCCCCAUACCCUGGAUGAUGAUGGGCGAACUCUUCUUGCCCGAUGUAAAGGCGACUGCUGUGGCGUUGACUGUGAUGUCCAAUUGGUUCUCGGUUUUCGUGGUGACGAAAUGCUUCGGCUCGAUGAUCACCGCUUGGGGUUCGGAUAUGACUUUUUGGUUUUUUGGCUUUUGCAUGCUCUCGGCCACAUUGUACGUGGCUUUCAUGGUGUUGGAGACGAAGGGGCGCAGUUCUGCUCAAAUACAAAUGUGGCUCAGUGGCGGAAAAUUGUAAAGUAUUCAUAAGGUGAUGUACAUACAUACAUACAUACGUGAUCGCUGCGAAAAAUACUUUACGCUUAUUUGUAAGGCCUUAGCUAUAAGUUUGAUGUGUAACUGAAAUUGUAAAUAGACAGCAAAAAACCAAAGGUGCUCUACGAAGGUGGAGUUGCGCAGUUAGUAGGGUUGUGGAAUUAGCGUUGUUAAAUUCAAGUGUAAGCGUGUCACGCAAUAUGUUCAUAACGGAAUAUGAAACAUAUUUUAUGCAUAAAGAAGGAAGUAGUUUUAGUUUAUUGUAAUUUAUAAAAAAUCUGUGUACGUACAAUUAAUUAUCUAUUAUUUGAAUGAGAUUUUUGUAGAUACUUUCAUAAAUUUUAUUUUGCUAUUAUUAGAGGCACAGCCGUGGAAAACAAAAUUAAAUGUAUAAUAAUUACAAGUGUAUGUAUAUGCAUUAGGGUGGGUCAAUGUGCAUGGAACGAUUUUUUUCGCACGAUCGCUCCGAACAGAUUCGGAUGCUACAUUAAAUUUAUUUUUUUAUUUUAUUUAAAUUUUUUAUUUUUUUACAGUUUUAAGCCGACUGCGAACGGCAGAUAUUCUUUAUGAGGAGCUUUUCAUGACAGAAAUGCACUCGGAGGUUUGCCAUUGCCUGCCGAGGGGCGACCGCUAUUAGAAAAAAAUGUUUCUUCAUUUUGGUGUUUGAUCGAGAUUUGAACCUACGUUCUCCCUGAAUUCCGAAUGGUAGUCACGCACCAACCCAUUCGUCUACGGCGGCCGCAAUAAAGUGAUUUAAUAAACAAAAUGUUAACGCAGCGCCAGAAACGGAGGCUGGCU